AUGGUUAUGGUUGAUAGUUUGAAUUGUCGUGUUCAAUAUGUGGAUGAUUCGGAUCCAUUUACAACAACAUCAUGCUCACAUUUGGAACCAAAUCGUCCUAUUAUGUAUAACUUUUUACUUCAUCAACCGAUCGGUGAACAAUUACCGGAAAUUAUUCGUAUACUUCGAGCACCACAUAAGCCAAACAAUGCCGCACUACAAAUAUACAAGUAUGAAGGUAGCGUUGGUGAUUAUGGUUCAUAUUUGGAUUCUGAGAUGACAUUGAUGGAACAGGAAGAUGAACUGGAAAUCCUCAAAGCUGAUCCGUAA